CGAUACUGUUCACGCGCACGUGUUGUACAUUUUCAACAACCAGCCAGAGAGUUAUCAUCACCGCCCCACUCAGAAACAAGGGCAGAGCCGCAGUGGGUAGGUGUUAUGUCAGUAAAGUUCUACAGAUCAAUGUAUUACUAGUUCUGUAGUAGCCUAGUAGGGCUGUACUAGUCAUUCCCAGGCGCAGCAGUUAAGCGCGUAUGUUUUGCUCAGCCAUCUGCGUAGCCCGCAGUCCCUAUCACUAUAUAACUUUGGUUCUUUUCAACGCUUAGAGGAGCGCCGAGAUGGUCUUGCUCGAUAAAUACCUCGAUGAAAUCGACGAUGAAGUUGACUUGCCUCCCUCUUAUGACACCAUUGCAUCUGUUUCUAGUACCGUUAUAGAUGAGAAACCUCGUCCACCACCGGCACCAACUGCCAGUACCACAGCUUCUUCUGCUGGUGUUGCAGGGUCUGCCUCUGCCGCCCCUCUAUCUUCCUCAACGUGGUUCUCCCUUCUUCCUAAUGUUCGUACCAAACAAACACGCCAAACUAUCAUCUCUCUCAUCCGCGAUCUCGUUGCCACAACCACUGAUAACUCUGCUGCUACCCCAAUCCUAGCCUCAUGCGCAUCUGCUCUACCUCCGUCAUCCUUCUCCGCCCUUCUCCAACAACCUAUCUUGGAAGGACACACUCCUAUCUACUGGGCCAUUCUUAACCGCCAUACCCACAUUCUCCCCGAUAUGCUUCAAUACGCAGGCCCACUCAACAAUGCCUGUGUUGCAGACAUCCGUCUUGCUUGUCUUGCGAGUGGCGAUCAGCUCUUGUUUGGGAAGCUUCGCAGGGGAGAGCUGCCGUUUAUAACUACUCUCAGAGCAGACGCCCUCGUUCUAGGCUCCACAUCUGCAGAUGACAUCGACGUCCACGAGGUCGACGGCGAAGCUGCCUUUAGUGCAUCUAUCAAAAUUCGUCUCUGGCAGAAACGAAUGCGCGUCGCUGGUUUGGUAGGUGUGGAGUUCAUUGCGCGAGGACGCAUAUGGUCACUCACUUUCUUCUCUUCUCCCUCUCCCUCUCCUUUCUCCAGUUCUCCCUCGACUCAUGGUGCGGGGAGCGGACCCUGGCAAGUCGCACUCAGUCUCAUGGAGCAUAGCCCACCUACAUUCGUGGAUGGAAGACUCAUCAUCGACGUCUUUCGUCCUCUUUCAUCUUCGAUUUCAGACCUACUCUCCUCCGAGUCAUCUUCACCCGCCCACUCAAGAUACUCGUCUCUUCCAUCAACACCAGUACCUACCUCCCCUACCCAAGCAAAACCGUCCGUCAUCAUACCAUUUCGAUCUACUAAUCGACUUGCCCAUCGUACUCCGGAUGGAAGUGUGUUUAGUGUGUUUGAGCUCGGGCGGGGUGGUAUUGGCCCUAGCUCACAAAAGCCCUGCAGACCUCCACAACCAGCUACGUGGUCCGAGGAAGGAACAAUGUACACGAAUACGCUGAUCGGAGUGUUGGGCGAUGAUCUUGGGUGGGGCAACACACCCUAUCUCGCACCAGACGGCACCCUCCACGCACGACUGGAUGCAAGACUUGAGAAAGCGGAGGGUGGGAGCUGUAUCAUCUGUUAGCGGUUGUAUUCGAGGUGUGUUGGUGCUGAUGACAGAGCGCGUUGUGAGGGGAGUCCUUCCUCCAGCAUACGAUACGGAUACGAUGAGCGUUAUCUAGGAUGCGUGGAAUCCCUGAUUGACACCGAUUCGUAGCUGGUUAGCAUUCG